AUGCGGCCUAGGGCCGCGGCGACGUCAACCAAUGCAGCCCGCGGGUUACGUCCGUUCCCGGUUGUCCUGCGAGUCACCUGCGUCCUUGCCCUACUGGUCGUCACGUGGAUACCGGUCACCGAGGCUGUGAUCUGCAGAGAUUCAUACAAAUGCGAUUGCAAGGGGAUAAAAGGUACACCAGGUUUCCCUGGUAUUACUGGACCUCAGGGACCAGAAGGACUUCCUGGUGACAUCGGACCAGAUGGGCCACCUGGUCCAAAAGGUGAAAAAGGUGCUGCUGGAGAAUAUGGUGGUACAGGAGAAAAGGGCUACAGGGGUGACGAAGGUAUACGAGGAUUCCCCGGAGCUCCAGGAGUACCGGGUAAUCCCGGUCCAGAAGGUGUAAUGGGACCAGACGGUCUGGAUGGAUGCAACGGGACCGAUGGACGUGCCGGUGCACCAGGAUUGCCUGGUAUGCAUGGUGAACGUGGUCAACCAGGGCCAGAAGGAGAUCCAGGGAUCGUUGGCGAGCCUGGUGACGGAGGUAUCAAUUCCGUGGGCGUGAAAGGUGUUCGAGGAAAUCCAGGCAUCGACGGAUUCGAGGGUUUUCAAGGAUCGUAUGGAAUCCCUGGCGAAAUGGGCUACCCAGGAGAGAGGGGAGACAUGGGUUACCGCGGACCCAUGGGGUUACCAGGCAUGCAAGGUGAAGUGGGUGAAACUGUAUAUGGCGCGAAAGGUACGGUAGGUGAACAAGGAGACAGAGGAGAGCCUGGCCCCCCGAGUAAAGAUGAAUACAAGAAAACAGACACCAUGUACUAUCCGGUGAAAGGCAGUAGGGGCGAGAAGGGGAUGCGAGGAGAUAAAGGUGGUUAUGGAAGAAAGGGAGAACCUGGCAUCAAAGGUCCUCACGGUCGCCCAGGAUUUGCUGGUACUAAAGGUAUGAAGGGAGAGCAAGGUAACGAUGGACCUAGAGGCAAACAGGGUGCAAUAGGUCCGCCAGGACCUUCGGGAGAAAAGGGAGAGAAAGGGGCUCCAGGCUAUGCAGGACAACCGGGACCCGAUGGAUUAGACGGAGAGUUGGGAGAGCCCGGAAACCAAGGACCACCUGGUAAACAAGGAGCUGCGGGAGAACCUGGACAAUACAUACCGGAACUGGACGAAAUAAUUCAAGGAAAUAUUGGAAUUCAAGGAGAUCUAGGUCCGCCUGGCAAUCCAGGAGAACCAGGAAUACCAGGUUUACCUGGUAAAGUAGGUUAUAUCGGGCCACCUGGUCCUCCUGGACCGCUCGGUCCUCCUGGAUCGGCAGGACUGAAAGGAUCUUCCAUCAAAGGAGAGCCAGGGCAAGAUGGUCUUACCGGAGAAAUGGGAUUACAAGGUCCACCAGGUGCACCAGGUAUACCCGGCCUCGACGGUCCAAAAGGUUUUCCUGGAAUAUCGAUACACGGCCCACCAGGCUUAGAUGGAAAACCUGGAUACCCCGGUAUUCCUGGAUUACCGGGAGAUCGUGGUGACCAUGGCCCCCAAGGUCCAAAAGGUUUCCCUGGGAAAGGAAGCAGGAUCGGAGGCCCUCCGGGUGAACGUGGUUUACCAGGACUUCCAGGACUUCCUGGACCAGAUGGAUUUCCAGGUGCCCCAGGCUUCAAAGGUGUAAAAGGUCUUAAAGGAGACGACUGUGGUGUUUGUACGCCAGGUCUACCCGGUAGAAAGGGUGAACCUGGUGAUUCCGGCCUGGACGGAUAUCCUGGGACGCCAGGAUACCCGGGAUUGUCCGGUCUUCGUGGAUUCAAAGGCGUACAGGGUAAACGGGGUAUUAUGGGACCCAGAGGAUUGGAAGGAGACAGUGGAAGACCAGGAAUCGCUGGUCCUCAAGGUCCUAAAGGAGAAAUGGGAAAACUGACAUGGCCAGACAAACUAACUAGAAUGCCUGGUGAUAUCGGUGACAAGGGUUUCCCUGGUGUCGAAGGACCAAGAGGCCCGCGAGGUCAACCUGGUAGUCGUGGUGACUCUGGAAUUCAAGGACCUAAGGGAGAAAAGGGUGAUUUUGGUCCUCCAGGGUUUCCAGGACGCGAUGGUUUCGCCGGACUGGAUGGUAUUCCGGGUGUUCCGGGUGACAACGCAUCGAUACCAAAAGAAUUUCUUCGAGGUGAGCCGGGUUUCCCGGGCAUUCCGGGGACCAAAGGUCCAAUGGGUGACAAAGGAGGAAAAGGUGAACCCGGAGAAUCUUAUCCACCACCGGUUAUAAAUCUGAAAGGAGAGAAAGGAUACAAAGGAGGACGAGGUGAUAUAGGAGAGGACGGUGCGAAAGGUCUCGAAGGAUGGCCUGGUGACGAAGGAUUUCCGGGAUUGCCGGGAAUUUCUGGAUCACCUGGUAUAUCGCGUCAGGGUCCUAUAGGAUUAAAAGGAUAUCCCGGUAUGCCAGGAGAUCAAGGACCUCGCGGAACAUCGGGUACACCAGGAUCACAAGGACCAAUGGGUUUCACGGGACGCUUGGGUAACAAAGGAGAUCGCGGAGAACCUGGAUCAAAUCAGACGUAUGGCGAUUAUGGAUUAAUGGGUUGGUUUGGUAAGAAAGGAGACGUUGGUGAUCCUGGUCCUAGAGGUUUACAAGGUAGACCCGGAUUGGAUGGUGUGAAAGGUACAAAAGGUAGCAAAGGUGCACCUGGUCAAGAAGGAUUACCCGGACUACAGGGAGCCAAAGGUCAACGAGGUUACAGCACUCAGGGACCUAGGGGCUUCCCUGGAAUGGCUGGACAACCUGGAAUGCCCGGAAGAAUGGGAGAAGUCGGUAUUACAGGUCCCUACGGAACACCUGGAUUCGAUGGAAUGAAGGGUCUGAAAGGAGAAAUCGGUUUCAUCGGACGCAGAGGUGACGACGGUGAUGCUGGACCGAUGGGUUACUCAGGAAGGGAUGGUGCACCGGGUCAACCGGGUCCUCCUGGACCAGACGGUGCCGAUGGUGAAACUGGCGAACCUGGUCCUCCUGGUUGGCCUGGUCCCGACGGAAUGCCUGGAAUAAUUGGAGCUAAAGGACAACCGGGUGACACUGGACCCGAAGGUAUUAUAGGAAUUAUAGGAUUACCUGGUCCAAAAGGUAUUUCCGGAGACGUAGGACCGGAUGGUUUGGACGGACUUCCGGGUGAAAGCGCGUUCAGUGGACCCCAAGGUGAAGUGGGUGAGCCUGGUUUCAUGGGAGAAGUCGGACCUCCUGGAUUCCCUGGUAUGGAUGGACGACAUGGUCCACCUGGUGAACCAGGAAUAGGUCGCAAUGGCUCCCCUGGUCUGAAGGGAAUCGAAGGUGACACUGGCUUUGACGGACUUAAUGGACUACCUGGACCAAAAGGAGAGGUGGGUGAUAUGGGACCGGAUGGUUUGAAAGGGCCAAGAGGAACUUGGGGUUUAAAGGGAACGCCUGGAGCAUACGGUAUUCACGGUUUACCUGGUGUGAAGGGUGAACGAGGUCCGAUAGGUCCACCUGGUUACAGCGGACCUAAAGGUAAACGAGGAUUGGAUGGAGAUCCAGGUCAAAUGGGUUUGCCAGGAAUGCCUGGUGAUCCGGGUCCUAGAGGAUUACCUGGUUUAAUGGGUGCACCAGGACCCAAAGGAAUGGUAGGUGAACCAGGUCCUCCAUCGUAUGGUGAAUCAGAGAGGGGUGAUUUCGGUACUCCUGGCCUCGAAGGCUUGCAAGGUGAAAAAGGAAUACGCGGUGAACAAGGUUUCAUAGGAUUGCACGGACGAAAGGGUAUGAAAGGUGACAUUGGAUUCCCUGGACCAGAUGGAUUCCCAGGUGUGCCAGGUUUCCCUGGUCUUCCUGGCGAUCGAGGACCUCAAGGUUUCCCAGGAUUACCCGGUGAGUUGGCCGAACCAUCCGAGGACGGAUUACCUGGACUAGAUGGACUACCCGGAACUCCAGGAAUUCCGGGUCAAAAGGGUGCACCCGGAGAAUACGGAUAUAAUGGACCUAAAGGAAUUAUGGGAGACGUUGGUUUCAGCACGCGUGGUCCAAAGGGACUUCCAGGAGAUCGAGGUCCAGAAGGUUUCAGGGGUUUCCCUGGAGCUCCAGGAUUAGUGGGGUUAGAAGGCGUGCCUGGUCUACAAGGACCAAAAGGUGAACCUGGCGACCGUGGACUGCCUAUAUUCGCCAGUAAAGGAAGACAGGGAGAACCAGGAUUGCCUGGAUUUAACGGUAGAAAAGGAAUAAAAGGAGAAAUUGGUGAUACGGGCGCUCCUGGACGCGAAGGACUAUUUGGACGAAAAGGACAACGCGGUGACGACGGAGACGAAGGUUUAUCCGGUGCGAUGGGACUUCCGGGACCAAAAGGACCGAAAGGAGAUAAUGGCAUUAACCCAUUCUCGCCUUUCCCAAGAAAAGGUUUACCCGGUGACGUAGGACUUCCAGGACUGCCAGGUUUCCCUGGACUUCAGGGCAUGAUAGGCGAACAAGGAGAAGACGGAAUUCCCGGAAGAAAAGGAGAACCAGGAAUGGAAGGACUUCCCGGUCUUCCAGGACCAGAGGGCGUUAGUGGUUCUCCUGGUUAUCCUGGUCCUCGCGGUGCAAUUGGCCGACAAGGUCCUCCAGGAGCCCCUGGAAUACGGGGAAAUCCGGCACCACCGGCACCAGGUGCCCGAAACAGAGGUUUCUUCUUUGCUCGACACUCGCAAUCCGAAAUGAUACCAGUGUGUCCAAGAAAUACAGUGAAACUUUGGGACGGUUUCUCGUUUUUGCACAUAAUGGGCGAAGGAUAUUCUGUCGGACAGGAUCUUGGUACCGCUGGAAGCUGCCUUCAAAAAUUCUCCACCAUGCCUUUCACGAUGUGCAAUUUGCAAAACGUAUGCGACUACGCCAAUAAGAACGACUACAGCUAUUGGUUGAGCACGACAGAACCUAUGCCUAUGUCCAUGGCGUCUAUACCGGCACCGGAAGUCGGAAGGUAUCUGUCCAGAUGUUCCGUUUGCGAGGCUCCAACUCGAGUGAUCGCGGUGCACAGUCAAUCCAUGGCUAUACCAGAGUGUCCCGGUGGUUGGGAAGAACUUUGGAUCGGAUACAGUUUCCUCAUGCAUCGAGACGCAGGCGGACGCGGGUACGGUCAGUCCUUGGUGUCCCCUGGUUCCUGUUUGGAAGAAUUCCGCACGAGACCGUUCAUCGAGUGUCAUGGCUUUGGCGCGUGCAACUAUUACUCCACUGCCAUAUCCUACUGGUUGACCAUCGUCAAAGAGUACGAGAUGUUCCGCAGGCCUAUACCACAGACGUUGAAAGCCGAUCACACAUCGCGAGUAAGUCGUUGCGCGGUGUGCAUUCGACGUCGCGUUACGGAAGACCAACAUGCCAGAACGCCGAGACCUUUCACGCCGAACGGCCAGAGAGACCAAGUCGGCAACAUUCAGUAUCCACCGCCGCAUUCAUACUAUCCAAACUACCAAUAUCACAAAAAACCGCCUAUAAGCAAAACCAGAGAUCCGAAUAGACGCGUUCCGUAUCACUAUCGAAGAAGAGGCAGACUACGUAAACCGGAACGAACGACAGAAUCACCGAACGCGGCUUAAACAACGAUCGAUGCGAUGGCACGGACGUAAUCGUGCGAACGAACAACUAGUAAUGGGUGUUUGAAUCUUAUCUCGAAAGCCAUUCGACGGUUUCCAAGAUUAUAGAAGAAGAUUCGAAGCACUUUGAACAUGACCCGAAGUUUAAAAUUCUUAAGCUACACGUAAAUCUAAAAUCUCGAUACGUCUUGAAAGUUUCGAAGAUCCUUUUCUUCUACUAGCGUCUGGACACCAACAUUCGCGCUACUCUUUCGGACACUGUCGUUAACGCUUUAUGUUAACGUAUCGUUUGGAAACAGAAACACGUAUCGAGAAUGAUAGUGAAACAUCGAACAUUUAGAAAUUUCUCAAGACAUCCAAGAUUUGUCGAGAGUUGCAAACUUUGGAUCAUGUUCCAAGUGAUUCGAAUUUUUCGUCGUUCAUACAGGUUCCAAACGAUUUGUAGCGUUUCAAAUCCCAUCGCUAGAAACAGCAAGUCUGUGUGUAUAUAUAAGGAGAUGUUCGAAUCUGUUAGUUAAGUUAUCGCGUCCGUUCCGUAUGGUGUAACGAAGGAAUAUAAAGGAGCAUUCACAAUGCGAAUAGGCCAUUCGUCGGGCGUUUUUAAUGCCAAAAAAUAUGAUACGGAGACGAACGUCUUCGGCCAAAAACUGCCAAUCGACGGCAUCCGCUGCCACCACGGACGCUGAUCAAACUCGCGUAAACAAUCGAAUUUUAAAUUAACAAUCCAGUGUAUCAUAUGUAUCGCUAUUUUAUUCUGUAACAUUUACUUGCCUAUGUAUUUACAUUGAGUCGAAUAAAACAGUUUUAUAGAAGCUA